GGUUCACAUUACGGACUAAACUACUGCAGUUCUAUGUUCACAGUUUCACAUGAUAUUGACUGAUGUUUUUUAUGUUCUUCGAUUUUGAUAAAUUUUAAGUUUUAUAUUAAUUUUUGUGUACAAAAAGUAUCCUGUUUUAAAUAUUAAUAGUUUUUGUGUAUUUUAUAAAUUAUAAUGGCAAGUGAUGAGAUACCAUUGGUUAAAGCAAUCGCGAAUUACAGACCACCUCCAUUAAAUAAAGAUACUGCAUUAAAUUACUACGCCCCGGCAUUUGGCACAUUCAACUAUGCAUUUUUAUCGAUCAAUGUGAUGAAUCCCGGACUUUUGCAAAGAGUUCUACCUAAACCAGACCUCACAAAUAUAUUUUUAUUCAACUCUUGCUUUGGGUCAUUUUUAUUUAUUGCUGGACGCCCGCAUCUCAGUGAAGCGCCUUUUAAACUACGCAUAGCAUACAGUGUGUAUGGAUCAAUUUUGUUCAACAUGGGAUCGGUAUUAUCAUGGGCUAUUUUACGUAGUUUAUUGCCGAAUAACUCUGGUUUAACUACUGUUGCUGGUUUAAUCUCAGGAUUCGCAUUGACUGGCUGUGGUGUUGCAUAUUUGAGUUACAAUGACAAAAUCGUUAAAGCAAAUAAAAAGUAGAAAUUUGUUUUUACGGUGAUUACUUAGUUUAAAUAACCUCCUAAGUUCUUUGUAGAAAUUUAAUUAAUUUCAUAUAGAGGGCUGAUUUUUUUUAUAUCAAUAUUUGUUAUUUCUGUUUUUUUUUUUAUAUAAUAUAGCUGGUAAUACCAGAAUUAUGAUAAGAAAUAAAAUAAUCCAAUUUUAUAAUAUUCAUAUUAUUCAAAAUUAAAUAAAUUUAUUCUUUAUGUAUGAA